AUGGCGAAGCAUCAUCCAGAUCUUGUAAUGUGUCGUAAGCAGCCAGGGAUUGCCAUCGGUCGUCUCUGCGAAAAAUGCGCCGCAAAAUGUGUCGUUUGCGAUUCCUUUGUCAACUUGACAACCUUGGUUCAUAUUUGCGAUGACUGUAAUUAUGGGAGUCACGAAGGGCGUUGUGUCGUAUGUGGAGCUCCUGGAGUAACCGAUGCGUAUUAUUGCACCCAGUGUACCAUGCUAGAACAGGAUCGAGAUGGGUGUCCGAAGAUUGUGAAUUUAGGAUCGACCAAGAUGGAUCUGUUUUACGAACGCAAGAAAUAUGGAUUCAAAAAGCGGUAG